AUGCUCGGUAUGAACAGUGCGGAUCAGACGUCAGCGACCACGACAGCGAUUCCUCCUGCUCCAACGACAAUGCUACCUCUUUCGAAUGAUCAGGGUCCACUUGGAAAGUUGAUGGAACAAUGCAGUCGCCUCAACGCCAACGUUAUUCUUGACAAGCUCGAGACAAAGCCCACAGUGGACAAGUCCCCGAGCACGUCCGAAACUACAUAUCCGCAAUAUCAACACUACUGGCCAGGAGCUCCAUGGUGGGAUCAAACGGGCACAUGGUCAUUACCGUACACGUCAGUGGACGCCUACUCCCCAUACUUAUCCUCCCAGUUGGGAUUGUUGUCGUCAGUACCGCCAUCGACAUCUACGUUGAAUCAACGGCUUACGAUCAGCAAACAACCGACGACUUCAGCAGGUGGUGGAAAAUUUCCACGAGGCAAUUGCGAAUGUCCAAAUUGCCAGGAGACUGAGCGAGUAGGAAUCAAUAAUGUACCGGUGAAGAAACGUGGUAUCCAUAACUGCCAUAUUGCGGGUUGUGGAAAGGUCUACAAUAAGAGCAGUCACCUCAAAGCCCACCUACGUUGGCAUUCAGGAGAACGACCUCCGAAGAGGCGGUCCGCUGAGAACACGACUACUCAACAAUAA